AGCACGCUGGCUUCAGAGGGAGUUGAACUUGAGUCCAGAUGCCCAACUCCCUCUGAAUCGUGCAGAUUGGUGCUGAGCACGCAACAAAAGUUUUUAGCUUCUCCUCAGUUUCUGGUGCUUCGCAGGGGAGAGGAAAGGACUUUGGCGUUAAACACAAGAAGCAGUCAGGGAGCCAUCUCCUUUAACUUUUCUUCUCUGUUACCAUUUGCAAUGAAGAGGAAACAGAAGAGAUUUCUGCAGAUGACUUUGUUAUUCAUGGUGGCUUUAAUUUUCCUGCCCAAUAUUGGUCUCUGGUCUCUGUACAAGGAUAAGCACUUGGUGAAAUCCACGGAACCCGGGGAGCAGCAGACAUUUCCACUGGGCCUGGGAGAUGGGCAAUUCUAUGCAUGGACAGAUGGUUUGAGAAGAAAGGACUGGCAUGACUAUGAAAGCAUUCAGAAAGAGGCUAUGCGCUCAGGGAAAGGUGAGCAUGGGAAACCUUACCCCCUCACUGAAGAGGACCAUGAUGACUCAGCUUACAGGGAAAACGGUUUCAAUAUUUUUGUCAGCAACAAUAUUGCUCUAGAGCGGUCCCUGCCAGAUAUUCGCCACGCUAAUUGUAAGCACAAGAUGUACCUGGAAAGGCUGCCAAAUACCAGCAUCAUUAUCCCAUUUCAUAAUGAAGGUUGGACUUCACUCCUGCGUACCAUCCACAGUAUAAUUAACCGAACCCCAGAGACUCUGAUAGCAGAAAUCAUUCUGGUAGAUGACUUCAGUGAUAGAGAACACUUGAAGGAUAAGUUAGAAGAAUAUAUGGCCCGCUUUUCCAAAGUAAGGAUUGUUCGCACCAAGAAAAGGGAAGGGCUCAUCCGGACCCGCCUCUUGGGGGCAUCUAUGGCCAGAGGAGAAGUCCUGACGUUCCUGGAUUCCCACUGCGAGGUCAAUGUGAACUGGCUGCCCCCGCUCCUUAACCAAAUUGCACUAAACCACAAAACCAUCGUGUGCCCCAUGAUCGAUGUCAUUGACCACAACCACUUUGGGUAUGAGGCACAAGCUGGGGAUGCCAUGCGAGGCGCCUUCGACUGGGAAAUGUACUACAAAAGGAUCCCCAUCCCUCCAGAGCUCCAGAGGGCAGAUCCCAGCGACCCUUUUGAGUCUCCUGUUAUGGCUGGAGGUCUCUUCGCCGUGGAUCGAAAAUGGUUUUGGGAGUUGGGUGGCUAUGAUCCAGGUUUAGAAAUCUGGGGAGGAGAACAAUAUGAAAUCUCUUUUAAGGUUUGGAUGUGUGGAGGAGAGAUGUUUGAUGUCCCAUGUUCUAGAGUUGGUCAUAUCUACAGGAAGUACGUUCCCUAUAAAGUCCCUUCCGGGACCAGCCUGGCAAGAAACCUGAAGCGGGUGGCUGAGACCUGGAUGGAUGAAUUCGCUGAGUACAUUUACCAGCGGCGCCCAGAAUACAGGCACCUCUCCACCGGGGACAUCUCCGCCCAGAAGGAACUGCGCAAACAGCUCAAGUGCAAGGACUUCAAAUGGUUCAUGGCUGCGGUGGCCUGGGAUGUGCCUAAGUACUACCCUCCAGUGGAGCCCCCGCCGGCGGCCUGGGGGGAGAUUCGAAACCUGGCAGCAAAUCUCUGUGUAGACAGCAAGCAUGGGGCCACCGGCACUGAACUGAGGCUGGACAUCUGCGUCAAGGAUGGUUCUGAAAGGACGUGGUCUCACGAACAGCUCUUUACUUUUGGAUGGAGAGAAGACAUUCGACCUGGUGAGCCAUUGCACACCCGGAAAUUCUGCUUCGAUGCAAUCUCGCACAACAGUGCGGUCACUCUCUAUGACUGUCAUGGCAUGAAGGGGAACCAGCUCUGGGGAUACAGAAAGGACAGAACAUUAUUCCAUUCUGUGAGCAACAGCUGCAUGGACUGCAACCCCGCAGAGAAGAAGAUUUUCAUGGCCAGAUGUGACCCUCUAUCUGAGACUCAGCAGUGGAUUUUUGAACAUAUUAAUAUGACUGUUUUAGAAAAAUUUAACCACCACGCCAGCUCCUAG